AUGAAGAAAGAAUCCAAGUAUUAUUUAGGAAGUUUACUAGCACCAUACUUUUAUGAACCUAAUUCCUUUAUUGAAUUAGAUCCUAAUGACAAAGCAUUUCUUUGUCCUCAAUUGAUUGAUUUCAGUACUCCUAUUGGCUCAUUAAAAAAUGAAAAUAUAUCAACAUACAUUGUAACUAAAACCAAGUAUUUCAAACAAUCAAAUUUGGUUCUGAAAUAAAAGAAGAUUGGUAAACAGGUUCACUACAAACCAUUAUAAAUUCACGGAAGAAUUUCUCAUUGUUAUGAUGAAAUCUGGUGGUUUUUAUUGACAGUAGAUUAUGUUAAGGUAAUUGCAAGAUAAGUGAAUUUCAAAUAUCCAGACAAUUUAAGAUAAAUUAGAUUGGAUGUCUAUUUGAAGUAGAAUGCUCUAAACGAUUAAUUUGAUCUAUCUAAAUUCAAUCAAAAAGCAUUCUAAGACGGCUUUGUGAGUAGAGAAAGAUUUUCAUAUGCAGAAUCAGAGGAGGAUCUCAAUGUAGACUUGCAAUACUUCGCUCGCUUAUCCCUUCUACUCCUAUUCGAUUUGCUAAAUCUCUAAAGAACAAUACCAGCAAUGAUCAAAUCAGACAAGUACGUUAAGAUAUUUUUUACUCAAUUGGAGAAAUUUCAUUCCCUUCAAAUGGGAUAACCUCUCAGACUUGAUCUAACUUUUAAAGAUUUUGCAAGAGUAAUCAUUACAAAUAAUGAGUACUAUAGGAAUUCAUUGUAAAAUUCAGCAUUUUCCAAUAAAUUAUAUUCUCUAAAGGAUUUUAAGAGUUCCUGCUUGUUUUUAUCAAAAAAUAAAUAUUACACUAAUGAAGAAUCCUAAUUCACUCCGAUCCAAUAGGAAGUACUGAUUUACUAAAAUGUUUACUUUAAAAAGUACAUGAAUACUCUAUUGCUUGAAAUAUAGAAGUUUAUAUCCACAUCUACCAAACAUGUACCUGAACACAAAUAGCAGAACUAUUAGAAGUAUUGUUUUGAGUUGUUGUUCCUCAAACUGAGUUGCACUUAUCAAUCAUUAUGUUAGGGAUUUCAUACUCAUCAACCGAGUAUUGAUAAGCUUAAUGAGUUGAGAUAUAAGGUUGAUAAUAUUGAAUAAUUGAGUGUAAAGACAUUUCUAUCACUAAAUGCUGAGAAUUCAUCCUUAUAUAAAGAGGUUUAAAAUCCAUUCAUCUAGGUUAUUGUGGGAGGGAUAACCCAUAAGAAAGACAAAGAAUACUUUGAAUUAUAGAUUUCUUCAGGGAAUUUAUGUGAUUGUUUAAAAUAUUAGCAAAAAUUAAAAUAGUUAGACAUCAACAGAAGAGAACAAGUUUAAAUGAUGAUAGAUUUUUGUACAGGUAAAUUAAAAUUGUCUGAAGAAAUCAAUGAGAAUGAAAUUAAUUCAUUCUUAAAUAGUAAAGAUUAAGAAUUAUAUGAACAUCCUAAACCUAAAACUAUGGCUUGUGAAUUAAAAUAACAUUAGAAAUAAGCAUUGACUUGGAUGUUAUGGAGAGAAGGCAUAAUACCCAAUCCAAAAAAUUAAGAAACUAAAGAAAAAGGUUAAUGGCAAUUGUCUCCGUUAUGGGAGGAAGUUCUGUUAGAGAAUGGCAAAAAAUUGUAUAUGAAUACAUUUACUGGUAAAAUAACAGAUGAAUUUCAAUCUUAUAAUACUACAAAAGGAGGAAUCCUUGCAGAUGAAAUGGGAUUAGGAAAAACUAUUAUGACCUUGGCUUUGAUUUUGUAAACUUAAAAAAAAGGAAGAGUUACAUUAAUCAUUGUUCCAAAAUCAGUUUUAUUAUAAUGGGAGGCUGAAAUUAAAAAGCAUUCUUUACCUAAUAGUCUUCAAGUUUUGAUAUUCUAUAAGAUCUCAAAUAGAAAUAAGAAAGUCGUUUUUUCUAAUUAUGAUGUUAUUUUGACAACAUACACAGUAUUGGCUUAGAAUUAUUCUAAUUGGCUUAAAGAGAAUGGAUUAGAAGACAAUGAAAUACAAUAGAGAGUAAGGAAUAAACCUGAUAAUGAAUCUAAGGAAUAUAAAGAAUAUAAAGAGUCUAAAGAAUCUAAAAUUAGUAAUGAUACAUAAAUCUUAAAUGAUAGUUUUGAAAUUGAAUUAGAUUCCUAAGAUUUCUGUUAAAAUAAUGAUCAAAGUGAAGAAUUCAAAUCAAUCUUUGACUUAAAAUCAAAUAAAACUGAAAAGUCCUAAUACUUUGGAGAACCAAUCGAAAUAAGUUAAAAUGAUUAUGAAUGCGGAACUAAACCAAAGAAAAAUAAUGUAGGAAAAGUCACUAAUCUAUUUGACUAUACUUAUUAUAGAGUUAUUUUAGAUGAAGCUCAUAAUAUCAAAACCAAAAGUACACUAUAAACUAGAAGUGCUAUGGCAUUAAAGAGUGAAUGCCGAUGGUGUCUGACUGGUACUCCAAUCUAGAACAAACAUGACGAUUUAUUCAGUUUAUUAUCAUUUUUAAGAGUCGAAACCUUUGGUGAAUAUUAUUGGUGGAAUGCAUAUAUCAACAAGGAGGAAAAUGAGGAAGAAUAGCAAUGCAUUCUGGGAGAGAUAAUCAAACCAAUCAUUCUCAGAAGAACCAAAUAGUAAUUGAGUAAUCAAAGUUAAUUACUAAUAAAUGAAUCAAUCUGUUGGGUUAAAUUAGAGCAUAAGGAAAGAGCCCUUUAUGAUAAAUUCUUUGAGGGAACUUAAUAAUUAUUCAAAGUCUAUUUGAAUUCUGAAAAGAGCAGAUAGUUUGUUCACAUCUUUCAGAUCAUUAAUAAAUUAAGAAUGACCUGUGAUCAUCCUUCUAUUGCUCUAAAGGGAAUUAAUUUAGAUACCAAUUCCAUAGAUGAAAUUAAAUAUUGUAUAGAAAACUUUUUUGCUAAGUAAAAGUCAGGAGACCAAGAGAUAUCAGAGAAGCAGAGAUAAUAAUUGAUCGAUCUAAUAUAAAGAGGUAACUUAAAUGAUUGUACUCUCUGUUCUGAAGAUGGAAUUACUACUUUUGAUAUCUCUAUUUGUGGCCAUGUCUAUUGUCAUAAUUGUUUCAAAGAAGUUAUAGAAACCAUUGGAGAAUGUCCAACUUGUUCUAAAAGAUUAAGCUUGAAAGACAUUAUGAGUGUCCAGAGCAACUCUAUAGAAGUUUAAGAAAUCAAGGAAACAAAGUGGGGGCCUAGUAGUAAAAUACUUGCAGUUGUUAAUGAAACUAAAAAAGUACAACUUAAAAGAGAAAAGUGUCUAAUCUUCACCUAAUGGAUAUAAAUGAUUAGAUUACUUGAAGAAAAAUUCCAAGAAGAACAGAUAUGGUGUUAAGUAGUUACAGGUGCUAUGUCUGUAGAACAAAGAAACAAAGUUAUUCAAUCAUUUGAACAACAUCCUUCCAUCACUGCUUUAAUAUUAUCUUUGAGGGCUACAUCAACAGGGUUGAAUUUAACUAUGGCUAAUCAUGUGUUCUUAGUGGAUCCAUGGUGGAAUCCGGCCAUUGAAGAUCAAGCUAUCGGAAGGGCUGAUCGAAUUGGAUAAAAGAAGUAAGUCAACGUGAUUAGAUUUCUGUGUGCAAAUACAAUUGAAGAGAAAAUUAACUUGCUACAUCAAAAGAAAAAGAAAAUGAUAAGGAAAGUCAUAGCUAAUGAAUAAAAAAAAUCAUAAGAUAUUGAUGACUUUAAGUUUUUAAUCUUUGAACAACCAAAUAUGAUUUGA